ACCCCUGGCGGGGCGGCGCGGAGCCGAGCAGGAAGCGCCGAGGGAAGGAGGCAGGGAAGGAAGGCAGCAGCGAGGCCGCCGCCGCCGCGCUAAGGAGGAAGGGGGUUGGGAACUCGGCCACUGCCGCCGCCUUCGCCUCUUCCUUCCGCCCGCUGCGGGGAGCGAGGCGCGCGGGAGGCACCUGUCACAGCCGCCAGGGCGAGCGCGGCGUCCUCCACUCUGAGAGGCGGCGGCGGCGGCAGCGGCAGGAGAGGCCCGGCACAGCACGGCGUCAGCUUCGGCGAGGCUGGCUCGGGGACGGCUACGGAGAUGAUGCCGAUGAUAUUAACUGUGUUUCUAAGCAACAAUGAACAGAUUUUAACAGAAGUUCCAAUAACACCAGAAACAACUUGUCGUGAUGUAGUUGAGUUCUGCAAAGAGCCUGGAGAAGGAAGCUGCCAUCUGGCUGAAGUAUGGCGUGGAAAUGAACGUCCCAUACCCUAUGAUCACAUGAUGUAUGACCACCUGCAGAAAUGGGGUCCUCGCCGGGAAGAGGUGAAGUUUUUUCUUCGUCACGAGGAGUCUCCAGCUGAAAGUAAUGAACAGAGUGGACGUCAAGCCCCAAGUCAAAGAAAUGGCAUAAAUAUACCAGUGGACAAACGUGCAGAAAAUGGGGUUGGAAAUCCACGUGUUGAGCUCACUCUUUCUGAACUUCAAGAUAUGGCAGCCCGACAACAGCAGCAGAUUGAAAAUCAACAGCAAAUGUUGGUUGCCAAGGAACAACGUUUGCGUUACCUGAAGCAGCAAGAACGUCGUCAGCAGCAGUCUGUUUCUGAGAGUGAAAAACUUCAAAAACUUAAAGAACGUGUUGAAACACAGGAGACAAAGCUGAAAAAAAUUCGUGCCAUGAGAGGACAAGUGGACUACAGCAAGAUCAUGAAUGGCAAUCUGUCAAAUGAAAUUGAGCACAUAAGUGCCAUGUUCCAGGAAAAGCAGCAGGAGUUACAGGCUGCAGUGUUAAAAGUGGAUCAACUAACUCAGCAACUGGAGGAUUUAAGGAAAGGGAAACUGAAUGGGUUUCAGUCUUACAAUGGACAAAUGACAGGACCUGCAGCAGUAGAACUUAAGAAGUUGUAUCAAGAGUUACAGAUUCGAAAUAGGCUCAACCAGGAGCAGAACUCCAAGCUCCAGCAGCAGAAAGAACUCCUAAACAAACGCAACAUGGAGGUGGCUAUGAUGGACAAGAGAAUCAACGAGCUGCGCGAACGACUGUACAAGAAAAAAGUUGAGGCACGUCAAAAAGAAAACAUUCCUUUGAAUCGUAUUAAUGGAACUUCAUCACCCCAAUCAUCCUUGAGUGCUUCAGGAAGGGUGGCAGCAGUAGGACCUUACAUCCAAGUCCCAAGUGCUGGCACUUACACCGUACCAGUAGAUCCAGUUAAACCACAGUCUCUCACCAUUGCUUCUAGCUCAACACAUGGAAGAUCAAAAUCUGCUAAUGAUGGAAAUUGGCCAAUACUUAAACAGAGCUCAACCCCUGUGGUAAAAACUCCUCAGAUCUCCAACACAGACUGGAAAGAAUCAAGCAUGGAUACUGCUUUAAAACAAGGAUCUAUAUCCAGCCAGCCAUUGCCAACUUCAGUAUUAGGAAGUACUGAUAAGCUGGGUCUUGACCUGGGGAAGGUGCCACCAACAAUUCCUGGUGUAAGCAAGCAGUUGCCUCAGAACUAUGGGACCUAUCCAAGUCCAGUUCCCUUAGGAACAGGUUCUACAAAUUCUCUAGAAAGAAGGAAGGAUGGCAGCCUGCCCAGACCUGGCACCAGUGUAGCAAAUCGGCAAAGACCUGUUCCACUUCCACCACCAAGCAACGUGCAUCAGCCCAGUUCUUCACAGCAGAUUCAACAGAGAAUUUCUGUACCUCCCAGCCCUACUUACCAACCUUCUGGUCCCUCCUUGUUUCCAGGAGAUGGCAGGCCAGAACUCCCUUUAACUGUGGCAAUCAGACCUUUUCUAGCUGAUAAAGGAUCAAGACCUCAGUCUCCCAGAAAAGGGCCACAGACAGUGAACUCCAGUUCCAUCUACUCAAUGUAUCUUCAGCAAGCAACACCACCAAAGAAUUAUCAACAAGCUGUGUACAAUACUUUAAAUAAGUCGGUAAAAGCAGUUUAUGGAAAACCUGUAUUACAAUCUGGUUCAACUUCUCCCUCACCCUUGCCAUUCCUUCACGGUUCUUUGCCUGCCCAGACCCCCUCACAGCCACCAUCUCAGCCUCAGUCUGAGGUGUCUGAAAAAGAGCCAGAGCUUGAAAAUGCCCCACCAUCCAGUGAAAACAGCAAUGUGGAAAACAUUCCUCGUCCUCUCAGUCCUACUAAGCUCACACCUAUUGUGCAUUCACCCCUACGAUAUCAAAGUGAUGCUGACCUUGAAGCUUUGAGAAGAAAAUUGGCCAAUGCUCCUAGGCCGCUGAAGAAACGUAGUUCUAUCACAGAACCAGAAGGCCCAAGUGGACCAAAUAUACAAAAAUUACUGUAUCAGCGUUUUAAUACUCUUGCUGGAGGAAUAGAAAGUGCUCCUUUUUAUCAGCCAAGCAAUCCACAGGACUUCAUAGGCAUCUUAGCUGAUGUUGAUAACGGUAACGCAAGCACCAAUGGCAAUAUUGAAGAACCUAUUUCCGUGCAACCUACAGUUCCUCUUCCUGAUGAGCCACCCCCUUCAUCAGAUGCCAAUGAUAAUGAAUUACCUUCCCCUGCUACUGAGGAACUGAUAAGCACUGAAACCACAAAUCAAACAUCUGAGACAACUGAAGAUAACAACAACAAUCCUGCUAUAGUUCCUUCUACUGAACAGUCAUCCAGUCCCACACCUGAGGUCAGUUCUCCGGUAGAAGAUGAAGCUCCUUUGCCACCUGCUCUUCCUCCUCCACUCCCUCCAGGACCUUGCAUUCCUCUGACACCUCGACUGCAGCGUGCACAGGGCCUUGUAUGCAUUUUCCGUGAGCACAAGUGGGCCAGGAUACUUCUGGGAGAAUGGAAUAUUCUAGCAACAGAUACUAUUCAUGCUACAAAACGUACCAACUUGAAGAAACCUAACUCAGAAAGAACAGGCCAUGGUUUGAGAGUGAAGUUCAAUCCAUUGGCCCUCCUCCUAGAUGCUUCUUUGGAGGGAGAAUUUGAUCUUGUACAACGAAUCAUAUAUGAGGUUGAUGAUCCCAGUAAACCAAAUGAUGAAGGCAUUACACCUCUGCAUAAUGCAGUGUGUGCUGGACAUCACCACAUUGUGAAGUUCUUGCUUGAUUUUGGUGUAAAUGUAAACGCAGCAGAUAGUGAUGGGUGGACACCCUUGCAUUGUGCUGCUUCUUGUAAUAGUGUUCAUCUGUGUAAACUACUGGUUGAAUCUGGGGCAGCUAUUUUUGCUUCAACUAUAAGUGAUAUAGAAACUGCUGCAGACAAGUGUGAAGAGAUGGAAGAAGGUUAUAUUCAGUGUUCCCAGUUCUUGUACGGAGUGCAAGAGAAAUUGGGAGUGAUGAACAAGGGUGUGGUGUAUGCUCUGUGGGAUUAUGAAGCCCAGAAUAAUGAUGAGCUGUCAUUCCACGAGGGUGAUGCCAUCACUAUUCUCAGACGUAAGGAUGACAAUGAGACAGAGUGGUGGUGGGCCCGCCUCAAUGAUAAAGAAGGCUAUGUGCCUAAAAAUCUUCUGGGGUUAUAUCCACGAAUAAAACCCAGACAGCGAACCCUUGCUUGAAUUCAGUUCUACGACAGUGCAAUACCGUGCUGGUAACUGGAAACCUAAAACUUACACUGGAGCCAUCAUUUUUGAUCAUUUCACACAGAGAAAUAAAACUAUGAUAUUUAGUUUUAAUGGUGCUUUCUCUUGUUAAAUGGACAGCAUCCACAAUUUUGAAAAUCUGCAGUUUGUAAAUGAGGAUUGUUUUUCUGUGACCCACCACUGGUGAGGAGUGGUACCUCCACUGUCCACAGCCUUGUGCCAACUGUUGUCUAAAGCAGUGUUUUUGGUUAAAGUUCCGUGGUAGGAGCUUUCUUGUGUUCAAUGUUCAGAGGUGUCACUUGCAGAGUGCAGAUAUGCUGUCCAGUUUGCUCCAACCCCUCAGUAACUGUUCCAUGUCAGGAUUUUGGAUAUUUUAUUUGAUACCAGUGAAUGUUGAGUUCUCGUUACUCAUCAACUCUUUGGUUUCUAGGACAUAAGAACUCCACCUGUUACAUGCACCAAAGCUUCACCAGGGCUAGGAUCUUAAGGGUAACAUGCUCUUAAAUCCCAGUCAGACAUCCCCAACAAAAGCUUUAUGUAGUCUAGCAUCAAGUAUUAUUUACAUUUAGAAUCAACCUAGAGAACUAACAAAACAACAGUAUUUUUUACACUUCUCAAAACCCCUACACAAUAUUUCACUCGUUUUAUUUUAUUAUUAUUCAGCCUACAGCACCAGUGCUACCUCUACUGAUGUAAAGGUUCCCCUACUAACCACCUGAGCAUUGUCCCUCCUGGACAGAACAAUUAGUACUGAAUUUGCAGCAGCUUAAGGGAUUUGUAUGUCUGCAUGGAUGAAAGUGCAAUAGUCGAAAAGGGUGAGAGUCUGGUGAGGGUUACACUGUGUAAUUUGAAGUCUGCCUGAGUCAAUCUAGAAGAAAACAUGAAGGACUGGAUACAAGUAGAAAGAAGGUUGUGUAGAUGCCGAGUCAAGGAGAAGGUGAUGGGUCUAGAGAAGGUUUUAAGAAAGGCAAUAGCUUAAUAGAGGAGUUUCUGUGGUUCUUGGCAACCUACAUCUGUUGCCAAGGCAAGUUAUGCAAUAACCUAUUCCACUACAUUGUAGUUUCAAGAAAAAGAAAAAAAAAAGAAAAAAAAAAAAAAAGCACUUCACUGGAAUUUUAAUUGUACAUGAUUUUAUAUAUCAAAAAUAUAUUUUGAAUUUCCCAUUAUAAGUUUUAGCCAUAUUUCUUGUAAUUUUCUCCCAUUUAACAGUAUACAGUUUAAUUAAUUCUUCAUGUAGAAGUUCUGUGUAUAAUUUAUAUAUCCAUUUCUGCAGUGCUGUAACUUGCUUUUACCACAGGCUAGCAUUAACUGUAUAUAUUGUGGUGAAAAGUGAAAGGGUAUUAUUGUUGAAGAAUUUGCUACAUGAAUGUGUUGAUUUCAAGAGCCUAUGAGACACUAAUUCAGAGAACAUGUAAAUGUGCACAAUAAAGUACUGCUAAGGCA